AUGGACAAUGACCGCCGGCCACGGCAUACUCCCUCAGGUUACGCGAGCCAGCAAGGCACGCUCCUUCCACCACAGGCGUCGUAUCCAGUGGUAAGCGCACCCGAUCGCUUCAGGCAGCCGCCCUUGACAGCUCCUGCCCCACCUACCUCCGUCCCCUCUUCCGGAAGUCGCGCCAGCUCUCAGGGUUACGGUUACGCUUACGGUGAAGGUGCACAGUUUGGCUCAUCGAUUCAAGCAUCCCCCGUAGCCUAUGCCACCCAGGACUAUGCUGCCGAACAGCAACAACAGGCUCAGCGUGCACCCCAGCAGUACUCGCCCUACGGCCAGAACAUAAUGUACAGCGUGCCCGGCGCCCAGGCUUCGGCGCAAGCCUCGUCGCAGUAUGAGCCUGUGGAACAAUACCAGCAGAAUAGGGACUCGGCUAUACAGGUCCUGAGCACCGGCUUUGGCGUGGCACAACCGCAGUACUAUGAGAGUGGGCCCACGAGCGCACCUACCUCUGCCAUCGCGGCGCAAAACGUUCCUUCUCAGUAUCCUUCGUUAGGUUAUUCAGCACCGCAAGCCCAGGUCGGCCGAGAAGCACUUGCGCCCGCCUACUCUGCCGCUGGCAUGACGGACCCCCAUCAGGCGCCCUCUCAAGGGGCCUACUCCCAGGGCAACUACAGCGAGCCCCAGCCAAACAGUGGCAAUGAGUACGACGACUUCUACAGAAACUACCAGAACGAGCUCAAGAAGACAUUUGAGCAUGUACGUGACGGCCGCCUUAGCGAAGCCGGAACACUGCUCUUUAGAAUGUCCGACUGGCUAUUGCACUGGGCUGAGACGCUGGGUAAGUUCUCUGGUGCCCACAGUAUCGAGCGAGCAGCUGAGUUGACCGCAGCAGGCCUAGUACGCGACGACGAAACCUACUACCAGCAGCGUCUGCAGUUGUGGGAAGAAUUCAACACCUGCUGGCUCACUACACUGCAAAAGCAGAAGACCAUGACGCAGGAAAUGACCACAACGGGCCAGCGACCACAACCGCCAAAAUCGUUGAUCGACUAUGAGUUUCUUGAGAAGAUGGGCACCCAACUCGUCAAGAAUUGCGACGCCAUGGAGAAGCACGGUCUUGUCGACUACCAAAUGGGUGUAUGGGAAGAGGAAAUCGUAGCGAGUCAGUACCACAUCGUGUCUGCUCUCCAAGCACCCUGCUAA